CGCGACUUUACUUUUGCAUGGUGAGGUGAGCGUCGAGCUUUUGCUGCCCGACUGGAUCGAUCAAUGUGGGCGUCGGCAUGCGAUUGCCUGUAUCUCGAUGGCCUUGUUCUCGAACAGGCUCGGGGUGACCCAGAGUCGGCAUUACGCAUCAUGUAUGAGCAUUGCGAGGUCGACUUUAUUAGCGGAGUGGAAGGUGGGUGCCACGGUGGAUGGUGAGUGGUAAGACUCUGGCGUUGUUUUGUCGAACAUUGACACUGCUAGGGCGGCCUCGCUCACAACGCCGCAGAAUGUGGUCGCCCUGCUUCAGAGACGGCCCUGGGGGUUUCUGCUAGGCAUCAAGACUUACACACUAUAUGAUGUCCAGCUUGACUAGACUUUAAGUGACGGAACAGAAGCAACGUCUCAUGAUGGGCGGGCAGGCGGCAUCGGAAAAAUAAGGACCUGGGUCCAGCCCGCUUCAGCGACUGCAGCGCCUCAUGGAUGCCGUUGCAGACCGGUAACAGUGGGCUAACCGCUAACGACACCAAAUUUAGGCUCUAGGCAACUUGCGCACUAACUCCAGGGCCAGCCCGUUCCACCCCAACGGGGUCAUCACGAGUGUGCCACCACAGACGCGUCAACAGCGUCCGUAAAGGCAGCGCCUUGUAGCACUGGCCAUACCAGAAGACUACUUUCCAGCCAAGAAUAUACUGAGCGUAUGAAGGUCCACGGCCUACAAUGACAUCAGGCCGAAAGAAUAAUGAGCUGUAGUGUAACUAACGCUGCGCUUUAGUAACCAGCAGGUGCCCUAGCGACGGUGAUGUGCUUCCGGUAGCUAGAAUGGGCGCCAGCCCGAAUAUCAGCAUCAAGUUCGACUGAUGUCCAAUAUUAACCGGUACGUAACACAGAUUUUCAGAAGCGACGCGCCCUUUCCGCCCCCUGCAACAUCAUCGUCAGCCGCAAACAUGGGGCCAUACAAGGCAGCAAAGCUACUGCGGGCUUCCGGUCGGUCAUUGGGAGAGCUCGAUGACGCUGGCCCGACUCAACAGUGCGGACCGUGCCGGUUUGUGCAGCUCAUGACGGAUCUUCUGCCAAUAGUGGCAGGCGUUUUCCUUGAAGGCGUUUUGGCUAAAUGUGUCUUCCAAACACCCCAAAAAAUGCAGGAGAGGUCCGGCAUUAGGAUAGGCUAGCGAGAGGGCUAUCAGUCGCACAUCAUGGCGACCUCGCCCGCGUGUCCUGGACCUGAUGAGGCUAACGAAGGAUCUUAGUCGCGUUUUGGCUCAUUACAAUCAAGGAUCCCCGUCAGAUCGGGGCGUGUCUUUGCGUCACCCAGCGGCUCGCCAUUUAUGUACGUGGGAUGCCACUUCUUCGACUUCUUUCUUUACGUUUGCCGACUGCUUCUCGGGCUGUCGCAGACAAGGCUCCCUUUUGCUCCCGGCAAAGGUGAAGCUAUACAAAGACCGGUGACGAUGCGGCCAUGGGCGGCUGUUGUCGCUGCCCUCUCGCUGCUUCCUCUGGUCUCGAGUGAUCUUUUGCGUACCGACUUCUCAACCCUCUUCCCACAGUACAACGAGGCGUAUCGCUACAUCCUCAACAAUGACUCUCUUUGUGGAAAGAUUUACCGCGAUUUCCGCACGCGCAACUACCAAAACGAGCACGACGAUGGCGAUAACGACGCAUUUAAACUCCCCAAGGCGGAUGUCGACCCCCUGAACGCCGCAUUCGGGCUCAACACCGCCACACAUCAGCUAGUCGACUGCAUACUCAGGAACACGCCCGAGAUCAUCAAGGUCCGAAUGGCGAGCGCCCAGGUCCUUCUUGGCCUGACACCCUCGCUGCUUGCCGUGCUCGGGCCCACCCCCUGGCACACCGGCGUAAUUGCCGCCGUGGGGAAGCGUCGCCUGGCCGCGCUGCUGAUUGCCGCUGGGUCGCCCGCGCUGAGCCCGUCGCUGAGCAGCGGGGGCCAUCUGAAGGACAGCUUCCUGCGGCCGCGACACAACCAAAUCCACGUCCCCGCAUGGCUGGGGCGGGACAUUCGAGCAGGGCGGGGAGCUCGAGAGAAGCUGGCGAGCGCGGCUGGAUGGGCCGUCUUCUACUGCCUCGCUGUGGCAUCCAUCGGAAACAUGGCUGAGGUGGCGUACCGCAUUGGCUCCCGGGCCAUCUUCACCUUUGUGCAGGGCGACGGCUGGUUGAUGUUUCUAUGGGCCUUUCUGGGCCUGUCCAUCCACGCAAUCGGUGCCAUAACGGUCUUCCUUCGCGUCAGGCACAUACCAGUACCAAAAUCGGAAGUAGCAGCAAGUGGGCAGAAGAAGCUGCGGAUAAAGAUUCUGCCCCCGACGACGGCCACAAAGCUCAUCACGUGGUUUACUGCUGUGUACACGGUGAUUCACGUCUUCUUCGGCACUCUUUUGUUUUCAAGCAUCUUGUUCGUCUCGGUGCAGGACAGCGUGUUUAUCGUCUUGCGGCUCCUGGCUUCCGUGCUCUUCUGUCGCCUGGCGGCAGGUUUCUUUACUGUUCUCGAUCGACGGGAUGUCGAAGUAGUUAAUCGGGAUGCGCAAACGGACAGCGUGGCUUCGUCGGCGCAGGAGGGCAGUAAAUGAUGACGACUGGCCAGGCGUGACAGGGAUUAGUCGCGUGACAUUUCAUGCAGAGUUUGUGGUGUUGGCGAAGAAGAGGAAUACGGCCGAAUUAUGCAUCCUUCUUCCGUGCAGCGUUUUGCGCCGAUAGUAGGUUACACACUUGACGAGGGAAGGCUUGCCAAACGUCCCUAUAUCAGCCACUGCGCCAAAUACAACCCCAUGGCCAAAUUGAGUUUUCAUAUUACUGUCC